AUGAAGUUGAAAAUGAAGAAAAAGAAAAACGUUAAGGAAGAUAAGAAAGAAGAAGAAGAAGUUGUUGAAAACAAUUCUUCACCCAAGAAGCUGAUGAAGUGGGAGAAGGAGAAAAUGGUUGACAAGCAAGACCAGCCAAUUAAUCUAUCUCCAUAUGCCAAAGUUCCUUAUCCUCAGAGGUUGAAGCAAGAAAUUCAGAAACAUCAUUACGCGAGAGCUUUGGGGAUUAACAAGUUGAAAACCACUAAUGUAAUUCUACAUCUAGCAGAUAGAUCAAUUAAGAGACCAGAAGGGGUGGUAGAAGAUGUUCUGGUCAAGGUGGAUAAAUUCAUUUUCCCUGUAGAUUUUGUAAUUCUAGAUAUGGAAGAGGAGGAUACUGAAAGUCUUCUAUUCCUAGGGAGAACAUUCUUAGCCACUGCAAGAUCUUUGAUUGACGUUGAACAAGGGAAGUUGAUGUUACGGGUGAAUGAAGAAACAAUCACCAUUGAUGUGUUUGAAGCUAUUAAACAUCCUGUUGAUGUGGAGGAUUGUUUCAAAGUAGAUGUCAUACAGGAGGCUGCGGAAGAAGUGAUAGAAGAAGAAAACUCUUCACUUGAGGAAGACAAAUUCAAGGAGGAAACAAGUGUAGAAUACUAUAAGGAGGAACCGAAAUUAGAAGAGUUAGAAAAGAAAGUAGAUGAUAUUCCUAAGGGAGCACCCAAGGUGGAACUUAAAGAACUUCCUUCAAAUCUCAAGUAUGUGUUUCUUGGAGAUGAUCAAACAUACCCAGCCAUCAUUAGUGCGUUGUUGUCUGAAAGGGAGGAAGUAAAGUUGAUCAAAGUGCUUAAGAAGAACAAGACAGCCAUGGGAUGGUCAUUUUCAGACCUCAAGGACAGUGCUUGGGUGAGUCCAGUGCAGACAGUUCCCAAGAAAGGAGGAAUGACUCUUGUGAGGAAUAAGAAUAAUGAAUUAAUUCCCACAAGAACAGUCACUGGCUGGAGAAUGUGCAUAGAUUACCGGAGACUCAACUUAGCAACCCGGAAGGACCAUUUCCCUAUUCCAUUCCUAGAUCAAAUGCUAGAGAGAUUGGCAGGACAUGCUUUCUACUGCUUUUUAGAUGGAUACUCAGGCUACAACCAGAUAGUUGUGGCUCCAGAAGAUCAGGAGAAAACUGCAUUCACUUGCCCCUAUGGAAUCUUUGCAUACCAAAGGAUGCCUUUUGGCUUAUGCAAUGCACCAGCGACUUUUCAAAGAGGAAUUGAAGUGGAUAAAGCCAAAAUCUCUGUUAUUGAGAAACUUCCCCCUCCCAUAAAUGUUAAAGGUGUGAGAAGUUUUCUUGGUCACGCAGGUUUUUAUAGACGCUUUAUAAAAUAUUUUUCAAAGAUUGCAAAACCUUUAUGCAAGUUGUUAGGGAAGGAACAAGAGUUUAUGUUUACUGAUGAAUGCCUGCAUGCAUUUAACAUUCUGAAAGAAAAAUUGAUCACUGCACCCAUAAUAAUGGCACCUGAUUUUUCACUGCCUUUUGAGUUGAUGUGUGAAGCAAGUGAUUAUGCUGUGGGAGUGGUGCUAGGCCAAAGAAAAGACAAAUUGUUGCAUGUCAUUUACUAUGCCAGUAAAAUUCUUAAUGAUGCACAGAAGAAUUAUGCUACUACAGAAAAGGAAUUAUUGGCUAUUGUAUAUGCAUUCGACAAAUUUAGGAUCACAGAGAAAAAUCUACAAGAAGGAUCGGAAGUAGUGAUUAAAGAAGAGUUCCCUAAUGAGCACAUACUGGCCAUCAACACUGUUUCCAAGUUGGUGCAGGAUCAAGUCUUGACCAUUAAUACUCCACCAUGGUUUGCAGAUUUUGCAAAUUACAAAGCUGCUAGAGCAAUGCCUAAAGACUUCACAUGGCAACAAAGGACAAAAUUUCUACAUGAUGUAAGGAGAUAUAUUUGGGAUGAACCAUACCUUUUCUACAGGUGUUCAGAUGGGGUAAUCAUAAGAUGUAUUGCAGAGGAGGAACAACAAGAUGUCUUAUGGCACUGUCAUGGUUCAGCCUAUGGUGGACACUUUGCAGGAGAGAGAACAUCGGCAAAAGUCUUGAUGAGUGGUUUCUAUUGGCAAACUUUGUACAAGGAUUCAAGGAAGUAUAUGGAAGCAUGUGAUAACUACCAAAGAACUGGUAAUAUAUCCAGGAGACAUGAAAUGCCAUUGAACAAUAUACUGGAGGUGGAAAUCUUUGAUGUUUGGGGUAUGGAUUUCAUGGGAACCUUUCCCUCUUCCUACUCCAAUAAGUACAUCCUCGUGGCAGUGGAUUAUGUAUCAAAAUGGGUUGAAGCCAUAGCCACACAAACUAAUGAUUCUCGGGUUGUGAUCGCAUUUCUGAAAAAGGAUAUCUUUGUGCGAUUUGGAGUUUCGAGAGCCAUAAUCAGUGAUGGGAGAACACAUUUUGACAACCGAUUGGUAGAAGUUGCUCUUGCAAAAUAUGGAGUCAGGCAUAAGAUAUGUACCCCGUACUAUCCACAGACUUGUGGUCAGGUUGAGAUUUCUAACAGAGAACUUAAGCGUAUACUGGAAAAGACUGUUGGAAAUGCUAUGACUCAAUGGUCCAAGAAACUUGAUGACACCUUAUGGGCUUAUCGUACAGCAUUCAAGACUCUUAUUGGAAUGUCUCCAUUUCAAUUGUUAUUUGGAAAAACAUGUCAUUUGCUGGUGGGAUUGGAACACAGAGCAUUGUGGGCUGUCAAGUUUUUAAACUUUAAUUCAAAAGCAACAGGAAAGUUAAAGUCCAGAUGGUCUAGACCAUUUGUGGUGAAGGAUAUUAAGUCUUAUGGAGCGGUGAAAAUUAGUCCCUUGGAUUCUGACCGAAGCUUUACCGUCAAUGGUCAGAGGUUGAAGUUAUAUAUUGAUAGUGUUGUAGACAGGCAACUUCUUACAGUUGCCCUGAUGGAGGAAACACUUUUGUCCCAACAGAACUUUUAA